AUGCUCCCACUGAAUACACAAGUACAGCGCUCCCUUGCAGCAGCUGCCGUACCAGACACACGGCCAUCCCUUGCAGGAGAGGCAGGGGUAGGAAUAGGAGCAGGAAGAGAAGGUAUGGGAGCAGGAAGAGGAGGGGCAGGAGAAGGGGCAGGAGGAGGCGUGGUGAGAGCAGUGGCAGCAGCACUGCCAUCCGUUCUAGGCAUAGUGGUGGGGGGAACAGUGUGGGGCUCUGGAGUGAUCAUCUCCCGCUCUGGUCUCAUUCUCACCAACGCUCACAUCCUCACUCCCUUGCUCAAGCAGCAACAGCUUUCCAUCCUCCUCUUCCCUUCCUUCCUCCACUCCACCCUCCUCCCUUGUCUCCUCCAACCCAUGUUUCCCACCAGCAGCAGCAUGGGUGCGGGCAGGACCUUUCCCGUUCUGCUUUCAUCCUCCCCCCCCCCAACCCCCUCUUUUCCAGCCACCCCCCCAUCAGUCUUCUCAGGCAUCGUCUCGCGGAUCAUCACAGUCAACCUGGAGCAAAAGCGGCAGCAAGAGCAGAGAUUUGAUACCUUUCCCGUUCUGCCUUCAUCCCCCUCCACCCCCCCUCCCUCCCCCUCUUCCAGCCACUCCCCCGUCAGUCUUCUCAGGCAUCAUCUCUCGAGUCGUAUUGUCUCUCGAAUUGUCACAGUCGACCUGGAGCACGAGCAGCAGCAAGAGCAGAGAUCCGAGGCCAAGAGCAGCAGCAGCACUAGCGCACCUGAUUGGUUGAACGGCGGGCGGCAACAGGUAGAGACGUGUCAAAGUACAGUGGAGCGAAGAGGGGAGCAGGCGCACAGGAACAAAGGAGGGCAGAGAGGGGGGAGGGUGGCAGCGAUGGUGCUGACGACUGCAGCAGUGCAUGCCGGGGCGAGUGGAGGGGCUGUGGUGAACGCACAGGGGGAGAUGAUUGCACUCGUUACAAGCAAUGCAAAGCACAACCACCAAUUCAAUUCAAUGUCCUCCCUCACCUCAACUUCUCCAUCCCUUUUCAACGCCGCUCUAUGUCCUUCAACCCCUUACAACGCCGCUCUAUGUCCUUCAACCCCUUACAACGCCGCUCUAUGUCCUUCAACCCCUUACAACGCCGCUCUAUGUCCUUCAACCCCUUACAACGCCGCUCUAUGUCCUUCAACCCCUUACAACGCCGCUCUAUGUCCUUCAACCCCUUGCUCCCCCACCAGCAAUGCGAAGUACAACCGCCACGGCACCAUCCUCCCUCACCUCAACUUCUCCAUCCCCCUCGCCCUCCUCCUCCCCGUCUUCCACUUCGCUUCAUCCCUCCACUCCUCCCUCCACUCCUCCCUCCACUCCUCCCACUCCUCCCCUCCUCCUCCAUUCUCCCCUGCAUGGGCAUCUGUCGUCCAUCCCCUUCUCUCGCGCUUCCUCCUCCCUCUCAACACCCCCUCGCCAUCCAUCCACGCCCUCUGGUCCCUCGCCCCCUCCUCCCAUCUCACUCCUCCCGACGUCCCUCGUCCCCCGCAAUCUCUCUCUCGCCUCAUCACCCUUUCAGCCCAGACUGAUAGGCCGAGGCUAUAA